AUGGAGAUGAUAUUCAUUGAUGAACAGGGUGAUACUGUGCAAGCUUCCAUUAAGUAUACACUGUUAUACAGAUUUGAGUCUAAGAUCAAAGUGAACAGAUCUUAUGUAAUGUCAAACAUAUCUGUUUUUUUUAGUGUCAAGACCUACAACCAUGCCUUGAAUGAUUAUAGAGUCACUUUUGAAUAUACAUCUACUGUGAGAGAAGUUGAAGUUUCGUCCAUUCCAAUGUAUUCAUUUAAGUUCACACCUUACGUAGAUAUACAACAAGCGUCAAACAACAAUGAGUAUACGAUAUAUGUUAUUGGUUCGCUUUUGUCGAUAGGUGAAGUUCAGGUAUUUAACCAUUGGCAUUCAUCACGUGUGCUUAUAAAUGAGGAUAUACCUGCAAUUAAUGAGUUCAAGUCGAGUCUCAUUCAGAGUAAACCAAAUAGUGGUCAAGUGAUAAGUCAAAAAUUGUCGCAGUCUUCUUACUCGAUGGAAGAUGAUUUUAUACGUAAGACUAUCAGAAAAUUUUUGGACGAAUUGAGUGACACAAAUGAGCCUGGCAAAUAUGUUGUAUUGGCCACUAUUAAAGGUCUUGUGAAAACAUCAAAGUGGUGUACAAUGGUUGCAUUAAGUGUAAUAGAUUUGCUAGACAGGAUUCAAAAAUGUGGUAUUGUCACGUUUGCAUGGCUCAUUGGCCUACUGCUAAGCCAACUCAUUGUCAUGGACGAUACAAAUUCAGGUUCGAUGAUUGUAUUUGGGAAAGAAGCUGAAAGGAUGCUAGAUAUUCCUGUAGAAGCAUUAAUUCAAACAGUCCAAAACAUGGGAGAAGAAUUUGUGGAGUAUCAUAUGGAACUUGAGGGGUUAAUUGAUCGAAGAAUGUUAUUCAAAAUUGCUAUCAAGGGUGAUAAUGUUGUCAAUGAAGAUCAUAAAACCUACAAUGUUCAAAAAGUUUGCACAGAUGAUGGUAUCAUUGCUUCAUUUUUGAAGUAUUACGAAAUGGAUGCCAAACAUGAUAAUGGUUCAUCGUCGCUGAGUAUCAAUUAUGACAACGAUGGGUGUGUCUUCUCAUCAAAGGACUCUGGAACGUGUUCUAAUUUUAACGAUGGCGUUGUGGAUGGUGAUAUCACAACUAAUGGUAUUGUGGAUGAUGAUGUCAACGCUAUUAAUCCAAUAAAGCGAUCCAACGAUUGUAUUUUGGAUAGUAUUCUCAAUGAUCCUACCGUCCAACAAUCAUCCACCAAAUUAUUGAAAAAGAUCAAACAAGAGAAAAUGGAGUAA